ACAGCAACGGCGGAGCAACCGCCGCGUGCGCGGCCUGCGGCAGGGCCCGCGCGGGGCACGCGCCGGUGUGACCGUUAUUCUCCUCACGUCUCCUCUGACGGGCAGCAGCGAGCGGGGCCGCUUGGGUUGUCCCGUCCCGUCCCGGUUACCGGCACUGGAAGGGGUACGCGGGAUGCGACCCGGCCGGAGGACCCCUAGGGCCGGGAAGACGCCACGGCCGGGACCAGUGCUAGAGCGAGAUGUAGCGUCUGUAGCUGAUGUGAAGUCUCUCUGCCAGAGAAAAUCCACUGCUUAAUGGCUCUGCCACCUCCAGACCCACAGUUUAUUCUCAGAGGUACCAGUGCUGCAGUCCACACUCUGCAUUUUUCCUGUGGAGGCCAAGAACCUGAUGUCCCCAUUCUUUUUUCUGGGUCUGAGAAUGGGCUCAUCCAUGUCUGGAACCUGAAAACACACAGAGUGGACACAGCACUGGAUGGCCAUGGAAGGAAAUCAGUCUACUGUGUGGAGACAUUGGGUGGUAAAGACAGGCUGCUCAGUCAGGGUCGUGACCAGAGGAUCUGCCUGUGGGAUUUAGCAGAAGGACGGACUUCAGUGACGGAUUCUGUCUGCACGGAGAACGUGGGGUUCUGCAGGUGCUCUCUGUUAAAGGUGGCUCAGGGCCGCUGGCUAAUGGCCAUGGCAUCCAAAGCCCUGGAGGAGGUUCAGGUUUUAGAGCUGCCAUCCAAGACAUCAGUCUGUACCUUGAAGCCAGAGGUGGGUGCCAAGCUGGGCAUGCCCAUGUGUCUGAAGCUAUGGCAGCUCAGCAGUGGUUCACAGCCCUUGCUUCUGGCUGGCUAUGAAGAUGGAUCAGUGGUCCUUUGGAAUUUGUCAAUGGCAAAAGCAUCGAGCCAACUUGUUUGCCACCAGGAGCCAGUGAUGAGCCUUGACUUUGACUCCGAGAAGACCAAGGGGAUCUCGGGCUCAUCUGAAAAGGUGCUUAGCAUCUGGAGCCUCAAUGAGCAACAGAACCUCCAGGUUUACAAAACACACACACUUGUCAACGCUGGCAUAGCUGAUAUUACCAUCCGUCCAGACAAGAAGAUUCUAGCAACAGCAGGGUGGGAUCACCGCAUCAGGAUCUUUGGCUGGAAAAAACUGAAGCCCUUAGCAGUGCUGGACUAUCACACAGCAACAGUCCAGUGUGUGUCCUUCUCAGAUCACAAAAACUCCAGUGAGAGACUGCUGGCAGCUGGCUCAAAAGAUCACCGCAUCAGUAUCUGGUCAAUAUAUUCUCAGACAUGACAUGUACUGUCCUGCCGUUGCCCAAGAAAAAAAGGAUUGCUGAAGCAGUUCUUCACACUGUAACUUACACCUGGAUGUGGGGACGUGGCAGAAUGUAUGUGGCAGGCUGAAAUCAGAGUUCUGUGUUAACUUUUUAGCUGCUUGUUCAAGUUGCAAGUUUUGUUUUCCAGAGAGGGAAGUGAAUUUUUAAAAUGCAUAAGAAGCAGAGCAAGGCCAGUCAUGAACAGAGACAGAACAAGUCACUUUUUUACUACAGGUUUUGCAACAGCUUUUCUUUGGCAGGUUGCUUAAAUAACUUGUGCCAAUAUCUUCUUUUGUAAAAAAAGGACUGGAAUCCCUCAGACUGCAGUGGGGGCAGAAUACGUCUGUUUGUAAGUCCUUUAUGUAUCCAAGAAUCUCAAUCAGUGUAAAAUAUCACUUUUGAAAAUUUAUACCCAUUAAACUACCUCCAGUG